GGUCCCAACCGGGUGCUCUCAGAGCGGCGUUCGGAGCAGCGGCGCCUGCUCAGCGCCAUCGGCUCGGCCGCGCUGCCGGACAGCGACCUGCUCAAGCUCAACCAGCUCAAGUUCCGCAAGAAGCGCCUUCGCUUCGGCCGCAGCCGCAUCCACGAGUGGGGGCUGUUCGCCAUGGAGCCGAUCGCGGCCGACGAGAUGGUCAUCGAGUACGUGGGGCAGAACAUCCGACAGGUGGUGGCUGACAUGCGCGAGAAGCGCUACGCCCAGCAGGGCAUCGGCAGCAGUUACCUGUUCCGCGUGGACCACGACACCAUCAUCGAUGCCACCAAGUGUGGGAACCUGGCACGCUUCAUCAACCACUGCUGCACGCCCAACUGCUAUGCCAAGGUGAUCACCAUCGAGGCGCAGAAGAAAAUCGUCAUCUACUCCAAGCAGCCGAUCGGCGUCAACGAGGAGAUCACCUACGACUACAAGUUCCCCAUCGAGGACACCAAGAUCCCGUGCCUGUGCCGCACCGAGAGCUGCCGCGGCACCCUCAACUAGCCCAGCCCGCCCUCAGCUAGCCCAGCUAGCCCACGGCUAGCCCACAUGGCCCUCAGCUAGCCCACGUGACCCUGAGCUAGCCCAGAUGGCCCUGAGCUAGCCCAGCCAUAGCCCAGACCGAGAUCCCGUGCCUGUGCCGCACCGAGAGCUGCCGCGGCACCCUCAGCUAGCCCAGCCCGCCCUCAGCUAGCCCAGCUAGCCCUGAUGGCCCUUGGCUAGCCCACAUGGCUCUGAGCUAGCCCCAUGGCUCUGAGCUAGCCCAGCUAACCCUGAGCUAGCCCAGCUAGGGCUGGCUGCUGGCCCGGGGCCGCCCGGGUCGGGGUUGGGCACUGGGAUUGGCCUCGGGCGGCCACCGUUGGGGUGUGACCACCAGGGUUGGCUUCUGGGCUACCAGGGUUGGUGUUUGGGCCACCACUGACCCCGGGACAGCCCGAGCUGCCCUUUGGCCACCAAGGCCGCUGCCACUGGCCCGAGGUGACGCCGUGGGUGGCCAGGGGGACACCGUGGGUGACCUUUGGCCACCAAGGAUGACCUCGGGGCCACCAUCGAUGACGUCAUUGCCCUUGGGCCCCGCCCCGCCGUCAGCGUCAAACCCCGCCCCCCACGGCCAGGUCGCUGCCCCUCCCCCCCCACCGCGCAGCGCCUGCGGUGACGUCACCACCGUGACAUCAUCAUCACCAUGACGUCACCGCCCCUCCCCCCCAGCUCUUUUCCUCCCUUUUUUUUUUUUUUUUUUUUGCUGUUUCUUGUAGAAACUCGGGGCAUGUCUGGGGGGGGGGAGGGGGGAUGGGAGGGGUCUGCCCCUCCCCCCGCGGCCCCGCCCCCCCAGCUCUGUAAAUACCCCCGGGGGGUGUAAAUACCUGUACAUGCCCCUCCCCCUGUACAUAUGUUGAUACGGGGGGGCCCCCGCGCCCCCCCUUUUUAUAAAGUGGCCAAUGAGCUUUG